GGACAAGAAACUGCGUGUUAACAUUGCCGACGAAAGCAAAGAUCCGCCAUCUCUUCUGUCCAGUGUGAAAUAUGAAUGAAUAUUGAUUCAAAUUUCUGUAAAUUGUUCAAUAAAUAUUUUGGAAAGGAUUAUAACUUAGAUUGUGGCCGCAGUAUUAUUAAAACCAACGAAUGGACUCAUGCGAAUAGAAAAUUCGAUUUAAAGACACACAGCUUUAAACAUCAAGAAAUAUUUCUUCCUGCGCCAUUUUGCUUUCAUGAGAAGAACCGAAAUCCUGUAGAUUUAAUGCUGAAAACGCCACCACAAGUGCACAAGACAACGGCUUUACGCAAUCCAGAAUUUUCUGAAGAGAUGUGUGAUAAAGAAUCUUCAGUGCCUGAAGCAAGUAGCAGAACUAUCCGAGGUUUUCUACUGAGCAAUUCGUCAAAGAAAGACUCUAAUUUUGACAAAAAUUCUGAACUCAGUUCGAAGGUAAACGAUGAAAAGCAAUUAGAUAAUGAGUUUAUUUUUCGGGAGAGAAAGGAAAAUACUUUGAAUCAUAAUUUUGAGGCUCUUGUUUGGUGGGACGCCAGUGACGAGAAUGAUAAAAAAGCUGAAAAUGAAUCUUCCGAAGAAAGAAAACCUUCAAUUGACUUUCAAACUUGCAAUCCAACUAUUUGGUCUUUUUAUAAAAAACUUUUAACAUCUAAGUGGCAGAAAUAAAAAAGGCUUAUAUUGUGUAAUAAUGUAUAUGUCUAUGUUAACAUUCCUUUUAUACUAUGUAUACAGGUUUAUAUAAAAUGCAGUUUUUACAUAGA